AUGACUUCAAUCAACGUCUGCAAGAACCGAAGCCGCUCAAACUCAACCAUGGAAGUGCCAGACGACGAGCGACGCCAAUCCACCGACAAUCUGCGCCGCUCGACAACCACUGCCAAAACAACCACUGCCAAAACCAUCGAUCCCGCCGAGAACGCAAAGUACUGCUCCUUCUACAGGCGCCUCAGCCGGGAAGUCAACGAGAAGAUUCAAGAAGCCGCGUACAACGACGAUGUCACAGUGGAGCAAGUGAAGCAAGAGUCGAAGAGGAAGACCCCUCCGCCGGUCUUGGAUGGACCGGAAUUGCACGAUUUCAGAAAGUUCAGGAAGGAGGACUUUGAGAAGUUCAAGGCUUCGAAGCAGGUGUAUAAGGGCGCGGAGGUCGUGACCAAGAAAUGGGAGUAG